AUAAUAAUUUGAUCAGACAUUAUUAUAAUUAAUAUUAUUCUUGUUAAUAUAUCGGUUGAUGUGUAAGUUGUAUUAAAUAAAAAACUUAAAACAUGCCUAGUCAACGAAGUGGUAGCGAAAACAGAAAACGUAGAGCCUGUAAAGGAGUAGAACUAUUAAAAAUAAAAGUAAAUGUUCAAUAAAAAAUUAUUUUACAUCAAGCUCCAUCUCAAUUUUCAAAGCUCUUGUUCAGCAAACUCAACAAAUUCCAUAUCUGACGGUUCAAAGAAAGGUGAAAAUAAGGAACCAUACAGUGAUGAUGCUAGUGCAGCUAACUCAACAAAUUCUAUAUCUAACGGCACAACGAAAAGUGAAAAUAAGGAACUAGAUAGUGAUGAUGUUAAUAUGGUAAAUGUAUAUGAUCCGGUUAAUCCAUUUUCAAAGGAUCGCUUAGAGUUCCAAAAUCGAAUUUUGAAAGGACGUUACAACCCUAUAUUAGAUCUUUAUCCACGGUCACUUCAAAACUCUAAAAAAAGUCAUUUCAGAAAAACUGGAUGACAAAACAGCGAUCAACAUAGCCUCUAACAUAUUCAUUCCAAACAUUGCCCCGACAUCCAGCGACGCACAUUCCGAAAAUGUACGGGGUAAUAGUGUUCAUGAAAAGGAAAUGUUGAAUGCAAUGGAUAUCAUCAGUGACAAAGGUUGGAUUUGUUUACAUUAGCAAGUUAUUUAGAAACACGCUUUUAGCUAAGGAAUAUAUAUAAAUAUAUAUAUUUGUAGGUAUUGAUUCAAAUUCCAAAUUCAUGUGGCCGGUUCCGGUCAGAACCUGGGAAGCUAGAAUAGUAGCGGAGGUGGUAACACCACUGACGUCAACAUUAAUUUGACGAAAGGAUUCUAUGUAAUAGGAGAACUAACAAUAUCACUACAAUUUCAGGUAUGUUUAAUACAUUUUAAUAAAUAAUUUAUUUAAUCAACAUAAUUAUUAACAUAAUUUGCAUUGUAUACAACCCACUAUUCAUUGUGUUCUGUCUAAUGGAUUGUGUUUUAUACCUAUGUAAAUGGUUUUUACAAUAUAUUUUAUGCAUGAGUAAUAUCUAUAGAACAUGUACAUUGCAUUCUUAAAUAUAAAAAUGGAAUUUUUUAACUUCAUCAGUUGUAUUAUUAAUACUUUUAUUGUGUGCUCCCUAGCUGAAACUAUACUAUACCUAUCCUAAUCAAGUAGUUAGGUAUUAUAUAUUAUAAUAUUAUACUUACUAUAAAAUACAAGUAGUUGU